UAUCCAUUGCAAUAUCAAUCACGAAAAUUUCUGUUGAAUCCUGCUUUUGAUCUCGAAGCUAUUGACUUCUUAAGCUCUUCGCUAUAUAGCUUGAAGCCAACCUCUGGUGAAGGAGCGCUGGAUUUUCUUCCACGACAUUGGAAAGAACAACCUACAAGUCGAAAGCUUAAGCGGUUUCGAAAAGCAUUAGCCCGUACGAGGAGAUUUAUAGGACAAAUCACCAAACAAUGUUGGCUAUCUCAACUUAAUUCAGCGACAGAUGUGCAAACUGCUAACCAAGCUAUUAUAUCUCGCACAGUCAAAAUCAACUUUAUCCCUCAUCUUGAUGGUUUAGAUACUACUCAGGAUAUGUAG